GCUAAGACAUCAACCAGUGAAGAAAGGUUCUCUGUAGUGUUUGGUCAAGUAACUGCUGGUUACAUGUGAUAAAAAAGAUGACCAUAAGGAUGCGUAAAAAUACUAAAUAAGGUUUGGUUACGAGUAGGCUACUGAGGAUCGCAUCAGCAAGUAACGUAAACAUGGCCUAUAGGAGAGACCACAGCAUCAGAGAAGUCUAUGAGGAACGCUUCAAGGAAAGAGUAGUAAGUGCUCCUUAUCAGAGGGUUGUGAGCAUAGAGAGACGAGCACCUUUCCCUACUAGGACAGAGGACGACUAUGACAGAGGGGAUGACUAUGAAGGCCAGCGUUAUGUUCUACGAGGUUACCCAGUUGAUGACCAAAGAGGUUACCAUGGGGAAGACCAGAGAGUUUACCAUGAUGAAGACCAGAGAGGUUACCACAGUGAAAGUAUGCACAUUGGGAACGAGCGCAGAACUGCCCCUCAUCAUUAUAAAAGGGAUGAACAGUAUCCUUACUACCGAGGGCCCAGGGAAGAUCCACCAACUGGUCGCCAGGUUGAGUUCAGGUCCAGCAGCCAGGUAGCUGCCCCGUCUGGCGUGAGGGGCCAGAGGCCGCCCCCUCCUCGCUCCAUGUCCACCCCCAGUGGAGAUGACACCCUGAUGCAGGCCGUCAGGAACCUCGAUAGAUUGGAAGACCACGAGGGGCCCAGACGUAAAGGCCCUGGUCCCCCAGUACAUGAGCGCUCUCCAGCCAAGAGAGACAUCCCUCCCUCCCCCCACAGUCGCUCGGGCUCCAGCAUCAGCAGCAGAAGCUACUCCCCAGACCCUGGCAAAAGCUACUCCUAUCCUAACCAACAGAAGAAGAGAUAUGAAGAACCAUAUGGCUCAAGUCGAGAAUCUGUAGAAAGAGAGAGACCAUCCAGCUACAUGGUUAAUGCAUCUCAAGAUGGAUCUCCAAAUAGGCCUAGCUUAGUUUUGGCCACCAAGGAGGACAUUCCAGGGUUGGGUCUGGACCAAGACGACAUACUCAAGGAGGAUCUCAUCAAGGGCACCAAUGACUUCCAGGAGCGUCGCGCCCAAGCCAUCGCUGGCAAAGCCCUGGAGAUAGAGAAGCUGUACAGGCAGGACUGCGAGACCUUUGGCACGGUGGUGAAGAUGCUGGUGUCCAAGGAGCCGGGCCUAGAGAAACAGCUGCAGGGCCCGCUGAGGGACAGUCUGGUGGAAAUGCGGGAGAGGUGCCUGGAGGACCUCCGUCUCUACAUCGAUGAGCUGGACGAGUUGAUGCUGAAGCAAGACACCGCAACCUCAACCUGAAGUCCACACCAAGCCAUCUCCCUACCCAUGUGAAUCCCAUCGCAACAUCCAGCAGGCACUUUCUAUCUCGUUUUGAAAUGUACACAACCACCUCAGCUUCUGAACUACAUGUGUGUUUUCAGGGUCUACUGUUAUAAUUGUUUGUUUGUGUUUUUUACAGUUCACUAUUUUUACAUAUUUUUUAAACAUUCCUCCAUCCAAUACAUGGUGCCAGUACAUAGUCGAUGGAGCACAAAUAUGACUUUUUUUUUAAUGAGACUUAUGCAUAGACAUUCAUUUCCUAACCAUUCAGAAACAAUAGAAUCAUGGGUUUGUGUUAGACCUUUUAUAUCCUUUCUGGAUACAAAUAUCAGUGUUGCAAUCUACUGGUGUAGAGAAACAUGACAAAAAUAUAUUGAUCCAAACUUUCUGGAUUAUAAGCCAAUACAUUCCUCAUUUUUGUAUUUUUUAAAAAGAACACUAAACUAGGUUGCAUGCUUUUUUCAGAAUGUGUUGUGUUAUAUGGUACUCAGUUUUUGGGACCACUCCUCAUUUUUUCCACUUCUAAUUAAA